GAAGGAUUUGAUUGAUGCGGAUUUGGAGGAGACAAUCCCCCAGAAUUAUGCAGCUGCGCAUAAGGAGGCGCUGGGCUUCCGGUCUCUAAAGAUGAGGGGGGAGCUUCAAAGGAAAUUUCGGGAGGAACGGAAGAGACAAGAGGCGUUGCAACCCGAGAAUGCGCCAUACAAUGUCACGAAUGAGGUUCUGCGGGAUGUAAUGACGCCUGAGAUUCUUGACGUGCUCGCUGGAAUAGGUCGGGGUCCGACCGGUUCAUCUGCCGCCGGCGAGAGUCGCAACGAUGAAGGCGACAACGGCGACGAUAGCGACGAUGACGACGACGGAGGCGACCCCGGAGGUCAUGCUGACCCGAAGUUCAAGGAGGACAUUGACGCUAUGCUCCGAAUCAGGAAGGAUUACAACAAAGCAAAGAACAACGGCGAGAUCCCUCACGACAUGACUUUCUCUGAAUAUGUCAGCCAGAGAAACGGCGGAGGUGAGGGAGAUAAGCCAAACAAAAAUGGUAACGGGAAGGAUAAGCCUAGCUCUGGCAAGAAGAAUGAAACCGGAGAUAAACCCAACUCCAACGCAAACACCAGUGAAGGCACUGAACCACACAAGUCACAAGACCAGCAAAGCCGCCAAGGCUGGCCCGAAGGUGUCAUCGAACUUCCUGACUUCGCCUGGAUUACGAAUCGGCAGCUACAAGAAUGGCUGAAAGCCAACCCGGAUAUCCGCGAGCGAGCUGGGUACAGAUGCAGAGUUGAGACCCUCCAGGCGAUGCUGCAUGCUAAGUUCAAAGGCACCUUUCGCUAUGAAACGGAUCAGGACUGUCGAGCCGUAUGGAUAGGCGAUACUGCCGUCUUUAAUGGUAUGGAGCGGGGUAAUUUAUGGCCUACACAGAUUCGCGCGAGGAUGAUGCAACACUACGAGCCCGAGGAGUAUGCGCGUAUGAAGGGGGAGGAGAAGAAAGAAGCUGAGAGGAAAGAAUCAGAGAGGAAGGAAGCAGAGAGGAAGGAAGCAGAGAGGAAGGAAGCAGAGAGGAAGGAAGCAGAGAGGAAGGAAGAAGCAGAGAGGAAGGAAGCAGAGAGGAAGGAAGCAGAGAGGAAGGAAGCAGAGAGGAAGGAAGCCGACCGGAUAGAAGCCAAGAGGAGAGAGGGAGAGAGCAAGACGGCGGACAAGAAGAAGCAUGAGCAGGAGGAGAGCAAGAAGGCUGGAGCAAAGACACCGACAGACAAAGGACGAAAAGAAGAGUUGCAGCAGCUGAAACAAGCCCAGAACCUGUCCCUGAUCAGCCAAUUGCCACAGCUCAGCAGUGACGACAGCGACGAAUCUAGCUUUCAGGGCGGCAACGAGGACGACACCAUGCUGGGUAUGGAUGAAGCCUUACGGACUCCCCAGCAGCAGAACACAACAUCCAAGGAGUCGAAGAAGAGAAGCUAUGAAGCAGGCGAGGAAGACACGCAAGACGACCAUCCCCCGAAGAAGCCGAAGCUAAGCUAACCGUGAAAACAACCUUCUUCCUCCGCAUGCCCACCGCAGAGCUAAAUCUCUGGCUUGCAAACAUACCAGACAAAGUGAAGAAGCUCCUGGAGAAGAAGAAGGAUGACCGAACGCGAGAGUUCUUCGCCCGAGUCUAUCUGCACCGCUUGUUCAUGGGAGGGUGGGAGGAUAUGUCCAAUGAAGCUAUCGAAGAAUGGGUGCGGGGAGAUCCGGCAGCGCGUAGUGCGG